GUAUUUCGUUCACGACAGAGAAAUGGGAAAGAGGAAAACAACCUUAUAGUAAAACCAGUCGUUAACGAGUCGGACUCUGCAACAAUUCUGCACAAGCUCGCUUCAAUACUUCCCAAUCCCCCGAUGCUAGUACCAGCGCUAUCACAUACCAUUCCUCUGAAUCCAGAAGCUAUUGUGCUAUAACGCUUCUGGUUUUUCUCGUUGGACCUGCUACCAUUGAUUGCCGAGCACACACAGCAUAGAAACAGCCUCGACUGCCACUCGCCGUGUUCGAGAUAUACAGUAUGUCACUGUUGAGGGAUGUCAGUGAUGAGAUGACGCUUUGUAGGAUUCUGGGACUGGAGAAGUUUUUUAGGAUCCUAGGAUGAUCGUUAAGAUUUGUUUCCUAUGAUAUGACGGACCGAGAUGGCGAACCUUACAUUCGACUGUGAUGAAGUUCUUGCCAAGCAUCCAGGUGCAUUGCCUCCACUACAAGAUGGCCUGAAGCAGUUUGUUUGGAUUUUACUGGCGCUUCUGCCACUCUUGACUUUAAUCGGGAACGGAGUUGUGAUUCUUUCCGUUGCUAGGUUCCGAUACCUCAGAACCAAAGCCAACGCCUUUGUCGUGUCUCUCGCUGUAGCGGAUAUAUGUGUAGCUUUGCUAAUCGUGCCCUUUCGUGCUGUGGAGCUUGGUAACGACCAUAUAUGGCCGCUGGGCGAGACCUUCUGUGACAUCGUCAACGUCUUCGACUGCGUUUUCUCCACUGCAUCGAUCCUAAACCUGUCCUGUCUAGCCUGCGAUAGAUAUCUAGCAAUCAGUCGCCCUUUCCUGCAUGUUAAAAUUCGACAUAAGACGACCGUUGUGAUGAUUCUUUCCUGUUGGAUCAUCCCCAUCUUGGCGUUUGUGGUGCCAAUAAUGUGGCAUUGGAACCUGAGUGGAGUGGAACAUCUCAGUUACUGCUUCACCAAGGUGGAGAAAGGAUGCCCUCUUCUCAUGAACAAACCCUACUCGGUAUUCUCAACCCUAGUGUCGUUCUACGUACCUACUAUCUUCAUGGCUGUGUGUUAUUCUAGGAUUUUCGCCGCGGCGAGACGUCACGCGAGAAACUUACAAACUCUCGCCCACCGAGACGCAGAGUUCAAGGACGAAGGUCGCCUGCAGCAGGAAACCAAAGCUGCAAAGACUCUUGGCAUCGUCAUGGGAUGCUUCUGUGUCUGCUGGUUCCCUUUCAUCCUCAUCAACACGGCGGAUCCAUUCCUGGAUUUCACGCUGCCAAAUUUGGCGAAACUUAUUGCCAUGUGGCUGGGAUAUUUGAACAGCACGAUGAAUCCUAUAUUGUUUUAUGUAUUCAGUCGCCAGUUCAAGAUGGCGUAUAAACAAUUGUUUAUGUGUUGUAAAAUCCGGAGGGAUAUGUUUACAGGUUUGGCCCGGAGCAGUCAGCAGACUGUCAUUUGAGAUUCUACCAACGGGAUCGGGUGGUUAGGCUCGCUGACUUGGUUGACAAAUGACAUCAUAUCCCAAUUGCGUAGAUCGAUGCUGAUG